UUCCAUAGCAUCUGCCAUCUAUAAUGUCUCAAUAUAUAAUUUUUUACUCAAUUUAAUAAUUUUAAUGUCUCAAUCUCUUUUUUUUAAAAAUUCGUUAGUGUUUAUCUGGAAUGUAUUGAAAAACAGUUGAGGAAAACUAGAAUCAAAUGGAGAAAGAGAUGGAAGUCCUUAGCAACCAAAACCUGGAGGAAAAAGAAGCAAAUUUUCAUGCUAUCAGAAUCAUGGAGGGGGAAAGCAAUUGGUCAACUUUGAUGGAAAAGAAACGCAAGCAAAAGCCAAGGCUGCUAAGGAAAUCAGCAGGUAAUAUUUCUUGUUGCAUAUUUAGAGUCCCUCAAAGUCUUGUGGAAAUCAAUAAGAAAGCCUACCAACCACAUAUAGUUUCAAUUGGCCCUUACCACCAUGGAAAAGAUCACCUCAAGAUGAUCCAAGAGCACAAAUGGAGACUUCUUGACACUCUAAUUGCUCGAACCGAAAAUCAAGGUGUAUGCCUUGAUGACUAUUUCAAAGCCAUAGCAUCAAAAGAGGAAAGCAUUAGAGAGUGUUAUUCAGAGGCAAUUGAUCUCAACAGCAAUGAAUUUGUUGAGAUGAUGGUACUUGAUGGGUGUUUUAUUGUUGAAAUUUUAUGCAUAGUUGGAAAAAUAAUACAGAAUGAUCCCAAAGAUCCUAUCUUUAAUAUGUUAUGGGUGUUUCCUUUUCUCAUGAGAGAUCUUCUAAGGCUUGAGAAUCAAAUUCCAUUCUUUGUUCUUCAAACUUUGUUUGAUAUGUAUAUGACAUCUUUAGAUAAAGAAGGUCCUUCCUUGGCACAGCUUGCCUUGGAUUCAUUCGACUAUGUCAUAGAAAGACCAACUGAAGUGAUAAAGAGGUAUUACAAUGUUCAAGCACUUCAUUUGCUUGAUUUAUUUCGCUUAAGUUUCAUACCCCAAUCUAAAGGCUCAAAUGAAAAAAAUUAUUUGCGCGAUGGAAUGAAAGAUUCUGUUUCUACAACCAUUCCAUCAGCUCAGAGGCUUCAUGUAGCAGGUAUUAAAUUCAAGCCCAGGAAGAGUGACAGCAUCAGCUUGUUAGACAUUAAAUUUGAUAAUGGGGUGCUAGAAAUUCCACACUUAGCUAUAGAUGACUCUAUCAGUUCAUUUUUUCUCAAUUGUGUAGCUUUUGAACAAUGUUACAGUGAUUGCUCAAAACACAUAACGAGCUACACUACAUUCAUGUCUUGCCUCAUCAGGAAACCAAGUGAUGUUGGGUUUCUAAGUGAUCAAAAUGUUAUCGAGAACGAUUUUGGAACAGACAAGGAAGUUGUUCGUUUCUUUAGUAACAUUAGCAAAGACGUGCCCUUUGAUUUCCAACAAAGCUAUUUGUUCAAGUUGUUUGAGGAUGUGAAUGAGCAUUGUAGGAGCAAAUGGCAUGUAAGAUGGGCGGACUUCAAAUACACCUAUUUUAAUACUCCUUGGUCUUUCAUAUCAGCCUUAGCUGCCACAUUGCUGCUAGUCCUCACCAUGAUUCAGGCUUUCUUCGCUAUCUAUGCAUAUGUCCUUCCCCCUCCCCCUCAUUGAUGUUUUUCUCUUACAUCAUUUCAAGACUUUUUUCUCUCUCUAUUUAUCGCUUUGGGUUUUCACCUCUUGCACUUCUGCUCCUUUAUAUAUACUUGCCCAUAGCCCUUCACAUCAUCCCAACUCAAAUACACAUGUAAUUCUGCAAACCAAGAAGGAUGUCACUUAGCUUCAACCCAUCAACUACACCUGUCUAACCCAUCAUGCCAUCCCAUCUCAUCCUAACCCGUAUGAGGUUACUACAACCACAAAGAGGUCUUAUUGUUUUGAUUUUGAGAGACAUCAACUUGUGUUUUUGAUGUGGAGGUCAAAGGUCAUCAUGGGUUUUGUGAGGGUUGUGAUUGAAUAUGGGUCUUUGGUUGUUUGAGAUUUUUGAUGUCAGAGUUUUGUGCUAGAUUUACGAUAAUGUGUGACUGGUUUUUUGCCAAAGGGAUGAAGCCGCGAAGAACCUUUUAUGGACUUUUGGAGUUUUGAUUUGAUGGGUAUGUCAUUGUGGCAACAUGUAUAUUGUUCUAUCAACCUUCAUCACUUAUUCCAUGGUUUUUUUUAUACAUAUUCUUUGUCAGUCUUUUCUAUUUUUUACCUUUUCUUUUAUAGUAAUGUAUCAUAUUGCACAUGCAUAAAUGGGGAAAAAAAUCUUU